UCUUUCUCACUAGCAGCCAACGAGCAGAACCAGUCAAAUUCCUCCUGCUCAACUGCCAACAUAGACACAAGACUGUCAUUUUACAUAAACUAAGUUUCAUUUUCAUUGCAACUCUGUUUUCUGGGAGCUCUCUCUCCCCUCUCUCUGCUGUUACUAUUUGGCUCACCUUGCUCCAACUGAAAAAACUGAAAUGAAGCGUUUGUCCCCGCCAUCAGCAGAGGAAGUAGAGAGAAGAUCGUUUCCGAGAAGCAUAUAUUCCAUUGACUUGGAAAAGGUCCCUGAUUCAGCCAUCCAAGAUAGGAACUUCAACUGCAGGAACCCAACCAUGAAAAUGAUCCUGUUCAUCAUUUUAUUUGGGUCUUUCCUUACGCUCUACCGGUGUCAUAACUUUAAUUUGAUGGAUGGCGAUCCUUCAAGCUCUCCUUCCUGGCCUCACGUCACUGCUAAAUUGUCAAGAGAGAGUUCCACCACCAGCCAUCGGUACAUGUCGUCCCUAAAUAUCGAAUGGGAUCAAAUCUCAAAUGUGAUCGAGGAAUCUAUUGACAAGGACGAGUAUGAGGUCAUUGGUCUUCUGAACUUUGACAAGAAUGAAACCAAUCGCUGGAAGCAACUGUUCCCGGAAUCCAAGCAAAUAGUUUUGCAGCUGGACUCUGUCCCAGGGAACAUAACCUGGGAAUCUCUGUAUCCCGAAUGGAUCGAUGAGGAAGAACAUUCCCAGGUCCCUACUUGUCCUACCCUCCCUCAGCUUUGCAUCCCAGGUAAUCCACGAGUCGAUCUCAUCGCCGUCAAGCUUCCUUGUGACAAGUCGAGAAGGUGGUCGAGGGAUGUGGCUCGGCUGCACUUGCAGCUUGAAGCAGCGAGGCUCGCUGCCUCUGCUAAGAGUUACCAUGCCGUGCGAGUGCUUCUCAUGACCGAUUGCCUUCCCAUCCCGAAUCUCUUCACGUGCAAGGACUUGCUGGCGAACGAGGGCCGUGCCUGGCUGUAUGAGCCCGACCUCAACAAGCUGCGGGAAAAGGUUCUGCUCCCAAUAGGGUCGUGCGAACUAGCCUUGCCUCUCAAGCCGAAAGAGCAAUUUCAAUCGGAGAGAGCUCAUCGAGAAGCGUACGCUACAAUUUUGCACUCAGCUAAUGUUUAUGUUUGCGGUGCUAUCACUGCAGCGCAAAGCAUACGAAUGGCGGGUUCCACGCGGGAUCUGGUGAUCCUCGUGGACGAAACGAUUAGCGAACAUCACAGAACUGGGCUGGAGGCCGCUGGGUGGAAAGUCCACACGAUCCAGCGGAUCAGAAACCCGAAAGCCCAACCCGAUGCCUACAAUGAAUGGAACUACAGCAAGUUCCGCCUCUGGCAGUUGACAGACUACGACAAGAUCAUUUUCAUCGACGCCGAUCAACUGGUCCUUAGAAACAUCGAUUUCCUUUUUGGGAUGCCAGAAUUGUCUGCCACGGGAAACAAUGCUUCCUUGUUCAACUCUGGUGUGAUGGUGAUCGAGCCAUCAAACUGUACGUUCAAGCUGCUCAUGAACCACAUCAACGAGAUUGAGUCCUACAAUGGCGGCGACCAAGGGUACCUGAACGAGAUAUUCACCUGGUGGCACCGAAUUCCAAGGCACAUGAACUUCUUGAAGCACUUCUGGGAAGGUGACGAUGAGAAAACAAAGCUGAUGAAGACGCGUCUAUUCAGUGCUGACCCGCCGACCCUUUAUGUCCUCCACUAUCUAGGACUCAAGCCAUGGCUGUGCUUCAGGGACUAUGAUUGCAACUGGAACGUGGACUACUACCGAGAGUUUGCAAGCGAUGCAGCACAUGGGACGUGGUGGAAGCUGCAUGACGCCAUGCCAGAACAUCUGCAUAAGUUCUGUCUGCUGAGCUCAAAGCAGAAGGCAGCUUUGGAGUGGCAUCGGAGGCGGGCCGAGAGAGGGAACUACACGGACGGUCAUUGGAAGAUUAAGAUUGCAGACGAGCGCCUGAAGGCGUGUUCUGAGGAGUUCUGCUACUGGGAGAGCACGUUGCUGCACUGGGGUGAAAAGAACUGGACUAAUGACGCAACUGAUUCUUCACUAACACAUACGAUGAGCAAUCAAUCCCUCUCUUCAUUGUGACUAUGUUGUCAUGCGCUAUCACUGUAAAUAAUACAAACACGGAUAAAUCAACAAUAAUAGCAACUUCUAGUUUUCUUCUUGACGACACGCAAAGUUCAAAUGAUGAUUGAGGCUUGCCAAAUUCUACGAUGUUAGAUGUUUUAUCCUCGUCACGCGUAAUUUUUCAACUUUGGUAUGUUUCAACGGCA